UUUUCUAGAUGCAAUCUGGGCUAGGCUUCAACUUCAACAACCACGGACUCCCGAAAAUCUCUAUAAAAUGCGUCACAAGAAGGAUUUUGCCGGCAGAGGCAAGAAGUUCGGUGGCCGCGGCGGCGGUGUCGCCGCUCGCAACCACGCCAGACACGACGAUGCCGAAGGCGGCUCUCGACCCCAGUUCAAAGCCGCAUGCUGGGACCUUGGCCAUUGCGAUCCGAAACGAUGCUCAGGAAAGAAGCUCAUCCGUCUUGGUAUGAUGAGAGAUCUUAAACUUGGUCAGCGCCAUAACGGUGUUAUCAUCACACCCAAUGGCAAGAAGACUGUGUCUCCGGCCGAUCGAGAAAUCAUGGACCAGUACGGCGCUGCCGUAGUCGAGGCUUCUUGGGCCCGCAUGGACGAUAUUCAAUGGAACAAGGUCGGCGGCAAAUGCGAAAGGCUGCUACCUUAUCUGGUCGCUGCCAACACAGUCAACUAUGGUAAGCCGUGGCGGCUAAACUGUGUCGAAGCGCUGGCAGCUGCUUUCUAUAUCUGCGGACACCCCGACUGGGCAGAACAAAUAUUGGAGCCCUUCUCGUACGGCCCGUCAUUCUUGGAGAUUAAUUCCAGCCUGCUUAAGAAGUAUGCUGCUUGCGAAGAUGAGGCCGGAAUCAAGCAGACUGAAGCGGAGUGGAUGGAGAGAUUAGAGAAGGAGUACGCCGAAAACAGAGAGGGUGGUGACAUGUGGACAACGGGAAACACAAACCGCAUGGCACCCGCGGACUCGGAUGAUGAUGACGAGGACAACGAUGAAGAAGGAGAAGGCGGUAGUGAUGCGGAUAGCAUAGAUGGUAUCUACCUUGGUAAGAAACCAGUCAAGGCUACCGAAGAAGAGGAGGAAGAGGAGCGAGACCCAUUUGCGAUAUCUGACGAUUCCGAGGACGAUGCUAUGAUGGAGGCCAUUCGCCGCAAAACGUUGGCUUCAAAGACAUUUGCACAAUCCGAAGCCAAUGAGUCAGGCGAAGGUAGCGAGUCGAAACCUUCCGCAGGACAGAAGCAACACCAAGGCAACCAGCGCCGCUUAAGCAUCGACUUGGCAGCCCAGCCAGACUCCGAUAAUGAUCGAGCCCAGCAUGGUUCAGACAGCGAAGACGAUGGCGAAGAUAACGACGAUUUCGACGACAUCAUUGACGCGACCCCUGUUACAGACAAGAUUGGGCUAGCAAGACUGGAGAAGGAGAGAGCACAGGCUACUCGCACGACGAGAUCGUUCUCGUCCAACUUUAUAUCCGCACCUGGCCGAGGUUAAUCUACAUGAACAGUCAAUUUCCUACAGAUUCUCACAAAAAGAACAACUAGUGAUAAAUGGCAUUGCUGGUGUACAUAUUUUAUUUCUUUUAUGCCCUCUAUAUAAUAUAGUACAAAUUCUCCUCCAUUCUGGGAGAA